CGAGCUGUCACCCCCGUGCGUUUCGAUUUCUUCCCCGUUUCUUGAUUGCUCUCCUCGAUUUCCGUGCUCCGUGGAGAGACGCAUAGAAGGGUAGGUGAGGAGGAGGAGGAGGAGGAGGAGCGGAGGUUGCGAUGGCCGCAGCGCUGAGGAAGGCGGUGGCGCAGCGGCUGUCGAGGGCGGCGGCGGGGGCGACGCCGGCGUACGGGCUCCGCCGCUUCAUGCAGGAGCAGACGGCGUUCCGGCCCGCCGCCGCGGUGCCGCCCGACCGCCGCGGGUUCAUGCCCCUGGCCGACCGGAUCCGCGACCUGGGCGUCGCGUUCCCGCGCAUCAACCUCGACGGCCUGGUGCCCCCGGCGCCGCCGCAGCAGCUGCCGGCGGUGAGGGAGGAACCGCCGUCGCCGUCGCCGUCGCCGUCGCCGUCGCCGUCGCCGCCGGCGGCGGCGGCGGCGGGGCUGACGGUGGCGGAGGCGCGGAAGGUGCUGCGCGCCGCGCAGAUGGAGGAGGCGCGGGCGAGGCUCCGCGCGUCGGGCGCCGGCGCCGUGCCGUACGCCGAGUUCCUCCGCCUCUGCUGCGACGCCGCCGGACCGGACGCCGGCCCUUCCGUCGCGCGCGCCCUCGACGAGUCCGGAUCCGUCAUCGUGCUGGGCAAGACCGUCUUCCUCAGGCCCGAGAUGGUUGUCAAAGCAAUUGAGAAGGCCAUACCGAUCCCGCGAACCCUACCCGUCGCCAAGGAUGACCCAGCAAGGGAAGAGCUGAGGGCCAUGGAGGCGCGGAAAGUCGACAUUGACCGCACCGCGGCGCUCCAGGUUCGCCGUGAGCUGUGGCUGGGGCUGACCUACCUGGUCAUCCAGACGGCCGGCUUCAUGAGGCUCACAUUCUGGGAGCUCUCAUGGGACGUCAUGGAGCCCAUCUGCUUCUACGUGACGUCCAUGUACUUCAUGGCCGGCUACGCCUUCUUCCUCCGGACCAAGAAGGAGCCCUCCUUCGAGGGCUUCUUCGAGGGCCGGUUCACGGCGAAGCAGAAGCGGCUGAUGCGCGCCCAGGAUUUUGACCUCCGCCGGUACGACGAGCUCCGGCGAGCCUGUGGCCUUCCGGCGCUCCAGCCUCUGUCCCCCUGCACGUCGUCGUCUUCAUCGUCCUCGGCGCAAGAGAGCCAUUGCCAUUCUUACUGCCAUUGCCAAUGAUCUUGUUUCUGUUCUGUUGUCUGAAGAUAUUUUUUCAUGCCCCAGUUUAUGUGGGGCUUGCUUCUCCAUGUACCGUUCUGAAUGUGCGGAUGAUGCGAUGCAAAGCAUACUCAUUGAAGAGAUGACAAGCCAGAUUUUAAACCUGAAAACCUGGAGCUAAGAAAAA